AUGGCAGCAUUCGCUAACAAGAUGCUGGAUGACUGUUUGUCAUCAAACCGAAAAUACACCAUGAAUGUUGUACUGCUGGAUGACAACAAUUACGAGUGGAGUCGGCAGUAUGUGGAGGCGGCUGUGGAGCAUGCCAUAGAAGUGGACAGGCAGGAGAACGUCAAACAUGCGGACGAUAUGCUUGUAAUCCAGAUAGUUACAAGAGCCAAUAUGGAUUCUGAACAUAUCGACAAAACAACACCUAAAAUCAUCAGACAAAUCUCAAAGCAAACACCAGAGGGUUCCAACCAAGUCAUUCAACCACAUACUGUACAUUUAAUCAACUUUAUACCAGGUUUAAACUUCACUUUGAAGGCAAACUACAUUGGGUUCAACACCAGUGUGUACAACCGGCAGGGCUGUGGGAGCAGCACCUGUGAGGGAGUGGCCAUAAUCAAGAGGCUGUCUGAGGAGGGUACAGUUGGAUGUGUCAUGCUGGGUCCUUCUUGCACAUAUGCCACCUUCCAGUUAGUGGAUGAAGAGAUUGGCCUACUGCUGAGCAUUCCCAUCAUCUCUGCUGGGAGCUUUGGUCUCUCAUGUGACUAUAAACCCAAACUGACCCGAAUUCUGCCUCCAGCACGCAAGGUCUCAGACUUAUUACUGCACUUUAUGAGGAAAUUGUUGCCAUUUAAGCCUGUUUGGAAGAAGGUCUAUGUCUACAGAAAGACCAUCAACACAACAGAGGACUGUUUCUGGUACAUCAACGCAUUGGAGGCACCCUCUGCCAACUUUGCUCACAACACAAGCAGGAUGAUGCUGCGUGGGGAGGAUGAGCUGAAAGAGCACUUAACUGCUAAGAAAAGACAUAGCAACAUUUUCAUCCUAUGUGGAAGCAUUGAUGACAUAGUUUCAAUAAAGGGGAAGGUGGGCGAGAUACAGGAGGACAUCAUAUUCAUUCUCCUUGAUAUUUACAACCCUCAGUAUUACAUCAACAAAACAUCCAGUAAAUUUAUGCAGGACGUCCUGGUGAUCACGCUGCCACAGAGGAACUACGAAUUUGGCUCAACCCCAUACAACGACACGAUAAAUGAUUAUGUGGCUGGGUAUCAUGAUGGGACUCUACUGUUUGGCAAAUUGCUGAGAGAGAGGAUGCUCAGCCAACGAGAUAAGAGAUCCCUUCAAGUGCCUCUGAGUGACAACCCAUUUGGAAAUGCCAACUUUGAAGGUAUGGGAGGACACUAUGUGCUCGACGAAUACGGUGACAGAGACGUUAAUUUCUCUGUGAUUUACACAACUGUGACUGUUUUCAUCCUAUGUGGAAGCAUUGAUGACAUAGUUUCAAUAAAGGGGAAGGUGGGCGAGAUACAGGAGGACAUCAUAUUCAUUCUCCUUGAUAUUUACAACCCUCAGUAUUACAUCAACAAAACAUCCAGUAAAUUUAUGCAGGACGUCCUGGUGAUCACGCUGCCACAGAGGAACUACGAAUUUGGCUCAACCCCAUACAACGACACGAUAAAUGAUUAUGUGGCUGGGUAUCAUGAUGGGACUCUACUGUUUGGCAAAUUGCUGAGAGAGAGGAUGCUCAGCCAACGAGAUAAGAGAUCCCUUCAAGUGCCUCUGAGUGACAACCCAUUUGGAAAUGCCAACUUUGAAGGUAUGGGAGGACACUAUGUGCUCGACGAAUACGGUGACAGAGACGUUAAUUUCUCUGUGAUUUACACAACUGUGACUGGCGAGUAUGAAACUCUGUUAUUGUUUGACACAUCGCAAAAUAAUACCAUAGUGAUUGACUCUGAGCCUACCCUGCAGUGGGAAGGGAGUCACCUGCCUGAUGAUGAGCCAGAUGAUCCACAAGCCUUAAAUGUGCAGGAGGUGAUUGUGAUUGUUUUGAGCGUUACUGUUGUGGUAGUGACAGCCAUCGCUCUCAUCUUCUACUGGCAGAACAGGAAAGAGCAUCUGAUGCAGAAGAAGUGGUCUCACAUUGACCCGCAGCUGAUUGCUUCGCUGGAUGAGAGGGAGGUCUCUCUGAAGAUUGAUGACGAGAGGAAGAACAGCAUGUUCUUUACUCAUCGAGGCCGCUAUGACAAGAAGCCUGUGAUCUUGAAAGAGCUGAAACACACAGAUGGAGAUUUCACGGAGGAUCAGAGGAUUGAGCUUAACACACUGCUGCGUAUCGAUUACUACAAUCUGACAAAGUUCUACGGCACAGUCAAGUUUGACUACGGUGUGUUUGGGGUGUUUGAGCUCUGUCAGAGGGGCUCCCUCAGGCGCAUUCUGAACGACACCAUCUCUUAUCCAGAUGACACGUUCAUGGACAUGGAGUUUAAGAUCUCUGUCAUGUAUGACAUAGCAAAGGGCAUGUCGUAUCUCCACUCCAGUAACAUCGGGGUCCACGGUCGCCUCAAGUCGACCAACUGUGUGGUCGACAACCGCAUGGUGGUUAAGAUCACUAACUUUGGCUGGCACACCAUCCUGAGGCCAGGCAGAGAUGUGUGGACAGCCCCAGAGCAUCUUCGCAACUAUGGGGUGUCUCAGAAAGGUGAAUAUGGGGCGUCUCAGAAAGGUGAUGUCUACAGCUAUGCCAUCAUUGCCCAUGAGAUUCUUAUGAGGCGGACCCCAUUCUAUACACAGAAAUGCUCAGAUCCUGCAGAGAAGAUCCUCAGGGUGCAGUAUCCCACCGGGACGAGCGUCUUCAGACCAGAACUCAACUUUGACGGCACGACACAGAGGGAGAUCGAGCUGUAUAUGCUGAUAAAGAGCUGCUGGGAUGAAGACCCAGAACGGAGGCCAGAUUUUAAGAAAAUAGAGGUAGCUCUGGGGAAGAUUUUCAGUGACCUCCACAACCACGGCACUGAGACCUACAUGGACAACCUGAUCCGUCGCCUGCAGAUGUACUCGAGGACUCUGGAGCGUCUGGUGGAGGAGAGGACGGCUUUGUAUAAAGCUGAGAGGGACAGAGCUGAUCGCCUCAACUUUAUGCUACUUCCUGGCCCAGUGGUGCGUUCACUGAAGGAGACGGGCAAAGUGGAGCCGGAGCUGUUUGAGGAGGUGACCAUCUAUUUCAGUGACAUCGUGGAAUUCACCACCCUGUGCCACUACAGCACCCCCAUGGAGGUGGUUGACAUGCUCAACGAAAUCUACAAGAACUUUGACAGCAUCCUCGACCACCAUGAUGUCUACAAGGUUGAGACCAUAGGUGAUGCGUACAUGGUUGCAUCAGGUUUGCCCAAACGCAACGGUACCAGGCAUGCAGUGGACAUCGCCCACAUGGCCCUGGACAUCCUGACAUUUGUAGGGACUUUUGAGUUGCAACACCUGCCUGACAUCCCUCUGUGGAUUCGUAUCGGUGUGCAUUCAGGACCCUGUGCAGCAGGCGUGGUGGGGAAGAAGAUGCCUCGCUAUUGCCUUUUUGGAGACACAGUGAACACCGCCUCACGCAUGGAGUCUACAGGCCUGCCUCUGAGAAUUCAUGUCAGCCAGUCCACCAUCAACAUCCUGCAGAGAACAGGCUGCGGGUUUGAGUAUGAAAAGAGAGGAGAGACGUACCUGAAGGGUAAAGGUAAAGAGAUGACAUACUGGUUAACAGGAGUGACUGGGGGAAAAUACAAACUGCCGACACCACCAACAGCGGAGAACUUCCAGCAGCUCCAGCAGGACCUGGCGGAAAUGAUAGUGUCCAGUCUGAAGAAGCGUGGAACUGGGACCGAGGACUUCGACAAGAGAAAGACCCUCUCCACCAAACUGCGGCGGAGGGAAUCCAGCAGCAGCAUGCACAGGGACAGUCAACCCGAGUACUUCCACCUGGCUGUCACCGAGAACCCCAGCACCUACCUGUGAUUACUGACGAGCUUUCAGCACACGAUCGGCAUGGAAGUAGACAUUGUACAAGUGUGUCACAGCCUGUGCCCGUCUGAACCAGCACUGCCGGGGUUCUGUGACAGCUCUCUUUGUUCAGGGGGUGGAGAGCCAGUGGAACGGCUGUGGGAGAAGCAGGCGUGUUAAAGGUGAGACUUCACCACAGGGAUCAGUUCUUCAACAUCCAUUCUUUUCACUGCCACAUCCUCAGACCCUCUGUAGAGAACCCGCUGUCACUGAAACUGACCUGUUAGUCAUUUUGUCUCAUUGUUAAUCAAAAGAAAAAUCCACCCUCAGACAUCUUUGCUGUGGUAGAAAACGAGGCCCUCCUGCUUUAUUUUGAUGUGGCACUAACCCAGUUUACUUUACAACAUUACAUUUGGACCUGUCAUGAGAAGAAGCAAGCAACAAGACCGAGCAGCAUUAUACUUUACUUGUGUAGAACUGGGCUCUGUGAAUGGUCUGCCACGGUGUUUAUUUUGAUAUUACCACAUGGGGGCACCAAAGUCGUACACUCAUUUCCAUAAACAGUGGCGAUAAAUUUAACCUGCUGCUGUGGGUGGAUUUCUCUUUGUCACAAGUCUUUUUGAAAUUUGUAACAUACAUGAAAGCUUUGCCUGCUUUGCUCUGUGGACGGUGAUAACUCAAACCAAGUUAAUGUCACAACUAUAUGGAUUUUAGAGUGAGUCCUCUGAGACCUAAAGGUCAGUUUGCUCCAACAGGAACCCAAAUAAUGAGGGGAGAUUGAGGGAGAACGUCUGUUAUUUCCCCACAAACCUCAGCCAGAGACUAACAGGAGCAGUGAAUGUGGUGUAUUUAAUGUAACGUGUGUGUGACUCCAAACCCCAGUUUAGCUUAUUGUUUGUGCCAUAGACCUCCACUGUUCGACUAUUAACACAGUUAGCCACACUGCUGCACUGGGUGACAGACGUGAGGCCCAUCUGUUCUCAUCAAAUGGCUCCAAGGGCUGGUAACGACUGUCACUUUGUACAGUGUCUGGAGGAAGAAGGAGUCUCUGAGCUCUGCUCUGUUUACACUACUCAGCAGAGCGACACAACAGUGGAGGUCUACGGCACAGACCAGUAAGCUAAACCAGGGUCUGGAGUCACACACAUUACAGUGAGUACACUGGUUUACUGGUGCUGUUACUGGGAAAAUGCACUGAAAGCGAGACGUGAGCAGUGAGUUCUGUCCUUAAAGUCAACAGCUGUGUGUCAUUAGGACAGAGACAGGGGAAGGAGUCUUCACCUGGUGGACAGACAGCACAAAUGUACUGGAACAAAUUGUUUUGAUGUAAGCACAUCAGGAAGAAAUUGCCUUUUUAUGUAGCCUAUGGAUUUACUGAGUUUUCCUGGCUCUUUACAGACGGCAAAAGGGAAACAAAGCAGACGUCGUAAUAGAUUCCAGUAGAAACAGAAAACAUCAGGAUUUGUGAAAUUUAAACAGCUGACUGUGGAGAUUAUGCUUCACUAAACGCAGCUGAGGGAAACGACAGGCAUGUUAAAAAAAAAAAAUUGGUUCUACAGGAGAUGCACGUCUCACGGAUUCAGUGUAAAUGGACUUAUUCUGUCUGCAGCGUAGAAAACGCCUCACAAAACGCUUUCAGUGUUGAUUAGAGGUUUGUCUCCAGAUGGGACUUGUGCAA